CUCCAUGGUGUGAGGGGAAUGGGAAACUUGUGUAGGUGAUGUAGCAUAUGGAGAUGAACUGAACUUCUCUGUGGUGGACAAUUUGGACAAGGCCAUAAGAGCAUCAGGAAAAUUGGGCGGAGUUGCUGGAGUAUUAGCAGCACAAUGGGCGCAUUUUCUAGUACACUUACUGGGCGGAAUGGGGGUGUUGAGAUCCCAGAUACAACCUCCAACAAUGCCUAUAGAUAUCCUCCAAAAGCAGGAAAUUACUUUGGAACUCAUUUUAUCAUGGGAGGAGAGCGCUUUGACAUGUCACAGCCUGAGUCUUACUUGUUUGGUGAAAAUUCUGAUCUAAACUUCCUUGGGAGCAAGCCUGUCCCAUUUCCCUACCCAGCUGGAGGCACCAGUGAGCCAACCAAAACCUUGAAAAGCCUCGUAAAUAUCAGAAAGGAUACCCUUCGACUUGUCAGAAUUCCCGAGGUUGAGAAGCUACAGCCAGAAGAUGACAAUGAAACUCUUAACAACAAGUACAACAUUGAGUUUGUGUUUGACUCUGAUGUGAAAUGUUCCAUUAAGGUGAUGCUCUUCUGCACAGAGGAGAUUGUGAAUGGACAGAUCAGUUAUUCCACACGAGAGCCAGCCCUGAGUUCAGAGACGUUUCAUUACAAGCGGGGAGCCAGUCAGGUGUUCCAACAGUCUGGCUACGUUCUUGAUCCUUCAACUUUCUCAGAAGAGGAGCUACAGUACAACCCAGAUGGGGAGGAAAUCCCCGUUGUAAUCCAGUGUAUUGCAGAGGAUGAUGAGAGUUCGUUGCAUGCCCACAUGACGUUUGCGAUGAUAGAGAAGAGUUCUCUGGAGGGCGGCUAUGUGAUCAAGCCGCUGAAACAGAAGCAGUUUAUACAUGGCCUGUGUUACCUCCUCCAGGAGAUAUAUGGCAUAGAGAACAAAAACAAUGACAAGGUCAAGGAUGAUGAUGGUGAGGAAGAUGAGCUGGAGGACAGCGGUGCCGAGUGUGUCAUCUGUAUGUCAGACAUGCGUGACACCCUCAUCCUUCCCUGCCGACACCUGUGCUUGUGUUCCACAUGCGCAGAAUCACUCCGCUACCAAGCCUCAAAUUGCCCGAUAUGCCGGUCCCCGUUUCGUGCCCUUCUCCAGAUACGGGCCAUGAGAAAGAAACAGGCUCCACUCCCACUUCAACAGGGUGGUGAGGGAGAGGAGGUGCCGGUGAACCAGGAGGGUGUGCCCGCAGGCUAUGAGGCUGUCUCACUCAUAGAGGCACUCAAUGGCCCUUGUGGCCUCCCACCGCCAAACACUAUGGAAGGUAUCCAUGUUCCCCCACCGAGAGUACUUGGUGACAUUGAAUCUCGACACAAACACAGGUCCAGUAAGAAGCGAAACACCACAGUGGAGACAGUGAAGGAGUUGAAAAUGAGUGAGGAUGACAAGAAAGCGUCUGCGGAGGAGAAGGAUGGUGAACGGACGGACACAUCCGUGAAGACAGAGUCCUCUGCCCCCCUCACAGACUCCCAGCAGACUCCAACACAGAAACAGAUAAACAGUUCAGCCAGGAUUCGUAAGCAGGAGAGUGAGGAGGGUACUGGGUUACCACGUUCACCUUCAUCUGACCAUGAAGUUCCUGUAGACUCCCUCCAUGUUGUCAAUGAACAUCUACAACAUGUUGAGCCUGUGCGUGAGGUGAAAAAGCUAGUGAGUGGCUACCCGACCAUAUCUUCAGAGAACCUGGCAGAUGACGAGCGGGAGGACACCUCCGAGGGGGAACCGGAACCUGACUAUGAGCAGGAGGAGUGCAGUCUUGAGGAUCGUCUUGACAGUAUUGCGAGUGGGGGUGACCUUACAGAGGACAUAUCAGAGUCUGCAUUUGUCCCGCCCCCAGACUACGCCUCCGUGAUGAACGAGGAGGACACAGACCCUGACACCGAUGAACUAAUGGCCGCCCCUGUCCCUCUCCGCCUGUCCAAGUCCCCUCCUUCCUCCUCAGACUCGGCCAGCAGCAGACACAGCUCUCAAAACCUCCUGGAACAUCAUGAACGUACUGACUUGUGAUCAGGAUGCGCACAAAACAUGGGAUCCUUGUUGAAGCCACUCCCCUGCAGGACGGUGUGGUGGCAUAGACAGGAUAAAGAUGAACAUGUCUGGAUAGUGUGCAUCACGGCAGUCUAUCAUUCAAGUUUCCAUUAAAAAGAUUGGGCUGUUAAGACCUUCUCAGCCAUUGUAGUUUCUAAUACAAUACAAUGUUGACUUGCCAAGUAUGUUUGGACAACAGAUUUUGUGUGCUUCAGUGUUAAGAUGAACAGUUCUUUAUGUAUCCUCAAAUAUUCCAAUAUGUUUGUAAUGUUAAAAUAUGGCCUGUACAUUCAUUGUAAACAUGGACAUAUUAAUACAUAUUUUAGAUCUUUUGUAAAAAAAAUAUGACUCCCAUUUUGAAUAUCUGUGACAGCCAACUGUCUUAUCUGAUAUCUCCUGUUUUAGACUUUUGAUAAAACCUGUUGUGUUGUCAUCACUUUAAUGCUGUUGAAGAUGCUGUCAUAGACUUGUUUGUAAAAGAUGUAAAGCACAAUCUGUAAUGCAGACCAUAACCAUAUCAUAUAAAAAAACAGUGGAAAAAUACAAAACAUGUACAUGUAGCUGAUAUCUAUUUGAAAGUGGACUUUCAUAUGUGUUUAACAAGUUCACAUAUGCUACUAUAACAUGAUAUAACUGUGACCGAAGACAUUCAUGUCAGAUAUUUUGCCCUUGGAACAUUAACAAAAGAAAACAUAUUUCAAGCAAAAACAGACGAGUAUUGGUAACUGGAAAAGGUCUUAGGACAAAAUAUCUACUGAAUUUCCAAUAUAGUAAUUCUUACACUUUUAAAAGGCUUUUUGUAGUGCACUUGUGAAGCUUUUUUUGUGUUGAUUUUAACAUAAAAUUCAUCAAAGAAAUUAAAUGCUCCAAGCCAUCUUACUGUUAUUCACAAGACAUUGGUAUUUGUUUUCCCUAUUAGAACAAUACAGUAUGUAUAUGUCUUAGAUCACAUUUAAUCCACAUGUGCAUAUCUUCAUUGUUGUACUUGCAUGUUUGGGAUGACAAUUAUGAGAUACAUUUUCAUCAUUGUAAUCGGAAACACUUUAAAUCUAAUAGUAUGCUACAAUUAACAUUGAAGUAAUACCACUUCUUCGGUGUUAUCAGAAAUGAUCAUUUUGCCAUAGUGUUGUCUUUUUCAUGUUGAACACUUUCUAACAUUGAAGCAUUAAUCAAUUUACUUCAUAAAUGAUAACUUAUCAUUGCACAUAACAAGUAUUGCUUUAUUAUUGUGUGGUUUCUUUAAAAGCGAAUGUGUGAUCGAGGGUGACAACGAUAACGAUUCUAUCUUGCUUAUCUAUUUAUUGUCAGUUUUUCGUUCACACCACGCGAUGUAUGAUCUAGGUAUGUUGUAUACAAUCUUGAUAUAUCCAUUCCUGUAUUUUGUGCAAUAUUAUGAGAAUCACACAUGGAGACAAAUAUGUUAGAAUACCAAAAUGUGCUCUAUAAUGAUAGAAAUAAAAUGUCAUAUCAUC